GCCGGGCCCGCGGCGGUGCCGGGAUGAUGGUGCUCCCCUCGAAGGAGCAGCGCCGGGGGGCCGGGCAGCCCCCGGGGAGGCUCCAGGCGAGACCCCUGCGGUGCAGCUGGCGAGUCCUGGCCGAGAGGAACCAGAGCGUGGUCCCCGUGGGCGUCUGGGUGGAGAGUGCGCCAGGCCAGCAGAGCCCGGCCUUUGCUUCGGCAUCGCGGGUGGAGGAGGAGCUGAAGGAGCAGCAGAGGAAGAAGGCAGCCAGCCUGAGGAGAUUCCAGGCCGAGGUGAGGCAGAGGGUGAACCGGCAGGUCAGGCUGCGCCGGAGGCAGGAGCUGCAGAAGGCCUACGAAACAGCGGAGAGGGAGAGCUGCGUUGCUGUGCCGUACUCGAGCCGCUGGAAGAACACGUGCCUGUUCCAGAGUCUCCCUGCUCCCAUCAUCUGUGGGCCCGCUGCUGGCUCCAGCCCAGCCCAGCCAGAAGAGGAGCAUGGGGAGCCAUUCCAGCAAUGAGCCGCCGAGCUCAGCAGGGCUGUGCAGCAGGUGCGGCGCAGGCUGGCGUCCUGCAGGACCGUGUUCCCCGGCGCCUGGAGGCAGGAGAAUCCAGCCCCUUGCUUGGCAGCUGCAGUGCCCGUGGAGGAGAGCGAGGAGCUGCUGCUGGCAGGACACCACGAUCUGCCUGCUGAGCUGCUGGAGCGGGGCGCAGCCGCAAAUGGCGCUGGGCAGGAUGACGACUUCUACAUCAAAAUUGAAUUUAGAAAAGUCUGUGAUGGGUCAGUGGAGGACUCGAGCCUGCCUGGGCCUCCUGGGAGGCCACACAGUGAAUACCAACCUCCCCCCAAACUCUGGGCUGGUGUUGACCAAGAGGAAACCAGGAAGCAGCGGCAGAGAGAGUUCCUGCGGUGCCGGCGCCUGUUCAUGGCCAUGGAGCGGGAGCGGGUGAGGGAGCAGCAGCGGCAGCGAGAGAGGCAGCAGAGAGUUGCCCAGAUCAAGAGGAGGAAGGAGAAUCAGCGCUGCGCAGAGGAGCAGAGGAUGCGAGACAUGGCUGAGCAGCGAGAGCCCUCCCUGGGAGAGGGAGCCUGGGAAGCUCUGGCCCAGCUCCAGCUGGAGGAGAGGAGAGUGAGGGACAGACAGCAGCGGGAUAAGGAGCACGUGAGGUAUGUUGAAGCUCUGAGAGCCCAGAUGAGAGAGAAAGUCAAAUUCUCUAACAUCGACUUGCCCCCGCUGUGUUCCUGUGGGUCUGAUUUCUGGGAUUCCCACCCGGAUACCUGUGCCAAUAACUGCGUCUUCUACAAAAACCACAAAGCCUACAGCCAGGCGCUGCACUCGGUGAUCUCCUCCCAUGCCCACGCGGCCACGGGGCCUCUCCAGCGCUCGGCUGCUCUCGGCGCUCGUGCAGGGAAGCGUCUGUGACCGAGGCAGCUCCGUGUCCCAGCCACUGGUGUGAGCAGGGAGUGGGGCUGUGCCGUGUCCUGCCUGCCCCUCCACGCCAGCUGCCAGGACGGUGUCACCUUUGCCCCCCUGGUUUGCGCGCUCCGGUCUGCGCUGUGCCUCUCCCAGGUGGCAGUUGGUCGAGGUGAAGGAGGCAAUUGCUCUCUGGGGUUGGUUUAUGGCAGGCACUUGCAUUCCAGCAUUUGGCCGUGGAAUAAACUGUUUUCAAGGAUUGUUUGUCUCAUUUGAAGUGUGGAAGGAGGAGAAAUGAGGUGCCAGGGGUCAGUAUCUCUUAGGCGAGGAUUUCCAACUUUUCCCUGCUCCCUUCUCUCCCUUUUCCUAGGGCUUCUGCCAGCCCCUGCCACUUAGAUCAUCAUCCAGAGCCAAGUAUUAAUUGUUCCCUCCUCCUUUUCUGUGUGAGGGCCUCUCUUCCAAUAACACCUACACAGCUUUGUACCUGACCCAUGCUCCCACAGCCUCUACUUUGCU